UUUUUUUUCCCUUCUUAACCUUAGUUUACACGGUAGUUCUUGUUUUAUUAUAUGGUUCGUAUGCUGAAUAGCAAACGGAGUGGCUCGCCGCCCCCACCGCCGCGUAAGUGAUGGCCGGAGUUGUGGGCCGAUUGUUCGCCGGCGGCGUGCGGCGGUUGAAAGGGCGACCAAUUCGGAAAGGGAAGCAUAGAAAUUCCCGGCCUGGAGCUCCGCGAGCACUCGACCUUCACCAAAAUCUGCACGACCUCUCCGGCCAUCCCCGGCGACUCCACCGCCACUUUCUUCUCCCCUUCCUCCCUCCCUUCCGGCUUCUUCCCCCUCGGCUCCCCCUCCCCACCCCCCACACCCCCAAUCCCUCACCCCACCGCACCCUAAUCGCCCGCUCCACCGCCGCCUCCACCUCCCUCGCCUCCCCCACCGACUUCACACUCCUCUUCUCCACCAACUUCUCCUCCCCUUCACCCGCCUUCUACUGGCUCCCCAUUCCCCCUCCCGGCUACACCUCCGUCGGCCACAUCAUCACCACCUCCCCACACAAACCCCCUCUCUCCUCCCUCCGCUGCCUCCGCAACCACCUCCUCCAACCAUGCCACAGCAACACCCCAAUCUCCUACUCCAAAUCCCAACCCCCUUUCUCCCUCCAACAUUCAGACUCCAUCGGCACCUUCGUCGCAACCAGUCAAAACUCUCUCCUUUGCUUAAAGAAGAACGUAAUAACCCUCGCCGCGAUGCCAAACCUCACCCAAAUCACCUCCCUGAUCCAAACCCGCUCCCCCUGGUUCCAUUUCCACCCUAAAGAGCCCUACUUGCCAUCCUCCGUCUCCUGGUUCUUCAACAACGGCGCCCUGCUAUACACCAACAGCACCCCCAACAGCCCCUCCCGCAUCGAUCCGGCCGGCUCCAACCUCCCCCAAGGCGGCGCUAACGACGGCGCCUACUGGCUCGACCUUCCCGCAGACUCUGCUUCACAGAACAGAAUCAAGGCCGGAAACCUUUCCUCCGCCGAAGCCUACAUCCACGUCAAGCCGGCGCUCGGCGGCACAGCGACGGACAUUGUUUUCUGGCUGUUCUACCCUUUCAAUGGUCCGGCGAGGGCUAAGAUGGGGUUCAUCAACAUCGGGUUAGGGAGAAUUGGAGAGCAUGUGGGGGAUUGGGAGCACGUGACUCAGAGAUUCAGCAACUUUGAUGGGGAGUUGAAGAAGAUGUACUUCUCCCAGCAUAGUUCGGGGGAUUGGGUGGACGCGGGGGAGCUGGAGUAUGUGGAAGGGGGGAAGCGGCCGGCGGCAUAUGCGACGCUGCACGGGCACGCAUUUUACAGAAAGGCGGGAAUAGUGUUGAAGGGGGGGAUGGAGGAGCCGGCGUGGUUGGAGUAUAUGAGGGAGUGGGGGCCGAAGGUGAGCUAUGAUGUGGAUAAGGAGUUGGGGAAGGUGAUGAGGUUUUUGCCAGGGAAGGUGAAGAGAGUGGUGGGGGAUUUGGUGAGGAGGUUGCCGGAGGAGGUGUUGGGGGAGGAGGGGCCGACGGGGCCGAAGGAGAAGGUUAGCUGGAAUGGAGAUGAGUCCUAGAACAUCAUCAGCCGCCACCUCCUAUAGAUUUAUAUAUAUAUAUAUAUGAAACAUAGAAUGGGCAUCUUUGAUGAUCAAGAGACAGUUAUUGGCUGUAUGAUUCUAUCUUACAAAUGCUUAAGAGCAAUGAUAAUGAGUCCGAAACUUUCACACCAAAAAUUUCAGAAUU